CCUAUUCGCUGUCAGACGUCUGUCUUCCCUGCACACAUACUCGAUUCUUCUCUCCAAGAAACGCCACAUCUUCUCGGCAUUCCUCACUCUCCCUUCGCACAGCAACCAACUCCUCCAACCAGAAGAAUCCUUCCUCCAUGGCGACCAUGGCAGCCAUGGCCAUCCUCACUGCCAGAUGCCCUGCUCCAAACCUUCUCACCUCCUCAAAGGCAACCCUAACCAAACCAGUCUCUCUCCUCACCCUCCAAAACCUCCCCAAAGGACUUGCAGCAGCAGCAGCUUCCAAGACAACCAUCACCACCAUCCCUUCUUCCCUGAGCGACAGCGCCAUCGCCGGCACCAUCUUCGCCAGCCUGAUCAGCUCCGACGCGGCGUCUGCGGCUCAGCAGAUCGCCGACGUGGCUGAAGGCGACAACCGCGGCCUCGCGCUUCUCCUCCCCAUCGUCCCGGCCGUCCUCUGGGUCCUCUACAACAUCCUCCAGCCUGCACUCAACCAGCUCAACAGGAUGAGGACCGAGAAGGCAGUGGUCGUCAGUCUGGGGCUCGGCGGCGGGUUGGCGGCCGCUGGGUUCAUGUCGACGCCGGGCGCGUCGGCGGCCGAGAUCAUGGCGGUGGCCGACGCCUCCUCCUCGGGUGACAACAGGGGGCUGCUUCUGUUGUUCGUCGUAGCUCCGGCCAUUCUUUGGGUCCUGUACAACAUUCUGCAGCCGGCGUUGAACCAGCUCAACAGGAUGAGGUCCGGGUGAUCAUGAAUUGUCUCAGCGUCGAAAGAUUCAAUCUAAUAGCUAUGCAAAUUUUGUGUCACAUCCUGCAAAAAAUAAAAAUAAAAGAAGUCGUAUCAUAUUAUAA